ACCGUGGCAUGGCAACUGGCCAGGCUGAGGAGGUGGUUGGUGGCUGAGCGUGGAGUCCAGGUUGUGAGUGCGGGUCCGUGCGCGAACCUUGACCCCGGUUCCCGGGGCAACCCGAGUGGCGGCAGAGGCAAUGGCGACCAGCGGUGGGGGAGAUGAGGGAGGAGGAACGAGGCGGCGACGGGGACACGGCAGCGGGAAGGCGUCGCGGACCCUGAGCCACAAGGAUUUGAAGGAACUGAAGGAGGAAGAGGAGGAACACCGGGAUUCAACUGAACUCAGUUGCCAUAAGCUCCAGGAGUCCUUGUUGAGCUCGGCGAGUGGGUUCAGCAAUUACAGAGGAAUUCUCAACUGGUGUGUGGUGAUGCUGAUUUUGAGCAAUGCACGCCUUUUCCUGGAGAAUCUUAUUAAGUACGGCAUCUUAGUGGAUCCAAUCCAAGUAAUCUCACUCUUUCUGAAGGAUCCCUAUAGCUGGCCUGCUUUGUGUCUUAUCAUUGCCUCGAACAUUUUUGUAAUAGUGACACUGCAGAUUGAGAGGAAAAUGGCUGUGGGUUCUUUGUCUGAGAGAUGGGGGUUCAUCUUGCACACCAUUAAUCUGAUCACCAUCCUCGCCUUCCCUGCCGCUGUGGUGUUAACUGUCCCCUCUGUAACUCCAGUUGGUGCUGUGCUGGCCCUGAUGUGCUACACCAUCCUCUUCCUCAAGUUCUACUCAUACAAGGACGUAAACAGAUGGAGUAGGGAACGGUGCAAAGCCAAAGUGAAGACUUUAUCAAGGUCAUUGUCAGCGCCUGGGCUGAAGGAGAAUGGAAAAGCCAUGCAGUCGGUAGUCAUGUAUCCAGGAAACCUGACAUACAAAGAUAUGUAUUACUUCCUGUUUGCACCCACCCUGUGCUACGAGCUAAACUUCCCCCGGUCACCCAGAAUCCGCAAGCGGUUCCUGCUGAGGCGAAUGUUUGAAAUGCUUUUCUUCAUCCAGUUACAAGUGGGGUUAAUUCAGCAGUGGAUGGUGCCAGCCGUACAGAAUUCCAUGAAGCCAUUCAGAGAUAUGGACUAUUCCAGGAUGAUUGAACGCCUUCUGAAGCUUGCUGUGCCCAACCACCUGAUCUGGCUCAUCUUCUUCUACUGGUUCUUCCACUCCUCUAUGAACUUCUUGGCUGAGCUGAUGCAGUUCGGAGACCGGGAGUUCUACAGGGAUUGGUGGAAUUCGGAAACAGUGACGUACUUCUGGAAGAACUGGAAUAUUCCUGUCCAUAAGUGGUGCACCAGACACUUCUACAAGCCCAUGCUGAAGCAGGGGGUGGACAAGCGAAUGGCUCAGACAGCAGUCUUCCUCGCUUCAGCUUUCUUCCAUGAGUACUUGGUCAGCGUCCCUCUGAAGAUGUUCCGGCUCUGGGCAUUCAUGGGCAUGAUGGCACAGGUGCCGUUGGCCUGGCUGGUGGGCCGGUUUCUGAGUGGCAAUUACGGCAACGCGGCCGUCUGGCUGUCCCUGAUCAUUGGUCAGCCAGUGGCAGUCCUAAUGUACGUGCACGACUACUACAUCCUGAACUACGGCGGAAGCCUGUGACACCAGGACCCUCGCUAGGAGCCUUCAUGGGGGGAGAGGAAGUGUCACUAUUUCAUUGCCUGAGGGAGAGAUUAAUGCCUUAAAGGGAAUGGUUGAGGAGCAGGAUAUGACCCUUUAAUUAGAAGCAACUCCAUCUUUGGGGAGUGGAGGGGGAUGUGGCCAUGUGUUAGAGGGUGGGGAGUCUCUGAACUCAGAUGGUGUGAGACCGUCCAUUAUAGUGAAGCUGGUGGUCAGUGUGUUUGGACCCAAUUCCAAGGGUGCUGGGGGAGGGUUUGUCUAAUUUCCCGACUCCCCCCGCCUCUGAGUCACUAAGCCUGGGGACCUGAAUGCUUGGUUGUUCACAUCUUGGGGUCUGAGAGGGGCAGCUCAUUCCCCUGGUAAUUCCCCCUCCAUUCCUCUCCCCACCUGGCUAACGGGGGUUCACCCUGCUUCACAAUGUACAUCCUGUGGUCAUCUUCAUGGAGUGGGGAGUGCUGGGGAGGGAGACGUGUCACUCUGCAGAGGUGGACUUGCCAUUGGGUCCCAGCCUCACAUUCAGGAACUCCUGGCACUCACCCGAGACACACAGAUCAGCCACAAACCUGCUUAUCAAAUUUCCUCUUGCCUGUUAAUAUAAACACCAUAAAGAAGGGAAUUUGAGAUUUCCGUCUGGGGAAGUGUAAGUAUUUAAAUGGAGAGUCGUGAACAAGUCUCCAGAGAGCUUCCCUUGAGCUCACACCUUCCUGUAGAUCAUCGAAACCGUCUCUCGAGGGGACUUUACACAGCGGCUCCCAGACUGGGAAGCUCUCCCCCACCCACUAAACCCUGGAUUCUACCUCCUCUAGAACUUAGGGAGCAUAACGACCUGCGUAAAAGCUCUCCUCUACAUGGCAGCAAUAAUUCUCUUCUCACCUGACACCAACUCCCCCCGCGCACAGAGCGUUCAGUUGCUGAUGAUCUCUGUUGGUGAAGGUCUUUCUACAAUCAUCCAUCACUUUAAACCGCCAGGUCGUGAGAAUUCAGUGUCUCUAGGGGCAGCAUCAGCCUCUCCCAGAAACGUAUUUCACCAAGUGCCUGUCUCUGUUAUCUUUUGUAACUCUUGAUUGUAAAUGACUAUUUCCUACUCUGAUAGACCGCAGUAUCAAUGCAAUUUUGUGAGUGUUAUUGUGCAGAAGCAUCCGUCCAGUCUCUGUCCUGAGGCACAGGGAGAUGGGAGUUCCCCACUCCAUGGAUAUCUGCACCACUAGGAGCCUAGGAUUUGUGUUUUGGCCAAGUUUACCUGUUGCUACGGUGCUCUGGGUCACAAGGACCAGCUCAAUCAUUACACAGUAACUACCAGCAGUCUGGCAGCCCUCACCAGUCCCACUGAAAAUGGAGACUGAGCAAUGGAAAGGGGGCCAUCCUUUCGCUGUUUCUCUCAUGUAUUCAUGAAUACAGCGACACAAAACAGUGUUCCUCCGGAGCCAAGGUGCAACACACACUGCACGUAUAGGUAUGGUAUGGUUGUCAGUCCUGCCCUCGCCUGCCGCUGUGGCUUCAAGCAGAGGGUGAGCCGUUACUGCCAUCUAACUGGCACUCUGUUGUACACUGGGACAAGAGAGCCCUUUCUCCCAAAGGCAUCACGUGGUGUACCACACAGAAGGCCGUCCCUGGCUGUACGGCAGGGAUAACAAUGGACUGCUCCUUCUGCUGCUAAGCCCCCGAGCCCCCUUUACCAGUGGCUGGAACACUGCUCUUAGAUGUGAAUCGCCUUGAUUCGGUGCUCCUCAUUAGGACCUUACAGACUCUUAUUCAAGAGGUAACUGUGUACACCUCAAAAAAUGGUCAUUAAACGUGCCUUCAGUGAGCCCCCUCCCACGGAAACAGGUUGACAUCCACUGCCUUCCUCUAAUCAAAUGUGUUUACUGCACAGUGAGUAUGCACUGGUUUAAUUCAACACUGAUCUCCAUCUUCCUGUGCCAAGUUUUUUGGAAUUUUUUUUAAGUCUGUACUUUAAUUAUGUGGAAACAUUUAAAGCUGAUUAUGGAAUAAAUGAGGCAAAAGAGGAGCCGAGGCCAGUGUGGUCUGGCCAUCUCAAUGGG